ACUCGUUACUUUGAAAAUAUGUCAUUUGAAGACUUCAUUAGCAAGUUUCAAGAAUUAGCGAUAAAUAAAAAUGACGGCAAUCUAAUGACACAUAAUAGCAAUCAUAUUAAGUUUGCAAUGCAGAUCAGGAAUCUUCUGCUGCAAAAUAACAACACGCCAUUUUAUGCUGAAAUAUCUGAACGAUGGGCUGUGAUUAAUGGCAUA